UGGGUAGUGGCCUAGGGGGUACAGACUACAGGCAGCAGGCUCCAUAAUAUCAAUAUUAUUUGAAACUGCAAGAAAAGAAACAUCAAUUUGAAAAUGUAGAAGUCCGAGAAAAAUAUAAUUUUGAACUUAAAAACAAUUAACACGCUUUCUAUGCUUUACUGUCGAUCUUAAUUCUUAAUAUAAACUAAACGUAAUCUCUGAGGAGUAUUUAUUAUCCGAUAUCGUUAUCAUUUAUGUACUUACCUUGUUAUUACUUAAUUAUUCAAUUUGGUUAUGUAUUAUCAUCUAAAGGAUUGGAUGACGAAUCAGAAAUAAUUCAUUACGUAUCACAUCACUCUAGUAGCACCAUUUAGUAGAAUGUUGCUGGUAGUGUAGUGGUAUAGAGUAUUAUUAUGCAGUGGAAACAGCGCGUAGUACUGUGGUCGUUGGUGGCGGCGUCCCUGGUGCAGCAGCCGGCACCGGAGGUUCGAGUGAGCGGCGGCUGGGUUCAGGGCAUCAUCAGUGCUGAUGGCUCCUUCUAUCUUUACACUGGCAUUCCUUAUGCUACCGCCACCCGAUUCAGGGCCCCGGGACCGCCGCCUAAAUGGGAAGGCACGCUGAGGGCUGUCAACGAUAUUGAGGUUUGCCCUCAAGUAAGCAUCGUGACGGGCUCGGUGGUGGGCUCGGAGGAUUGUCUUAAACUCAACGUCUACGUGCCGACGAUGACAGUGAUGCGUCCGCGGGCCGUCAUGGUAUUUAUACAUGGUGGAGCUUUUCUCGUGGGCAGCGGUGGUCGGUUUAUUUAUGGCCCGGAGUUUCUCAUGAAAAAAGACGUAAUUCUCGUCACGUUUAACUAUAGACUCGGCGCUCUGGGAUUCACAUGCCUCGGUAUAGAAGAGGCUCCCGGCAAUGCCGGCUUAAAGGAUCAAAUAGCCGCUCUGAAAUGGGUUCGAGAUAAUAUUGGUGCAUUCGGUGGUGAUCCGGACAACGUGACAGUGUUCGGAGAAAGCGCAGGUGCCACUUCCGCUUCUCUUCUGAUGGCGAGUACCACUGCCUCCGGCCUUUUCAAACGCGCUAUCCUGCAGAGCGGUAGUGGGAUAUCAAACUGGGCUAUCAAUCGGGAACCUGUACGGGUAGCGAGUCUUGUCGCGUCCAAAUUAGGCUUUCAUUCGGAGGACCCACACGAACUCUAUGAAUUUUUAAGUAAAACUGAUUAUCGGGAUUUGGUUCCGGUUAUGCAUGGUAAACCUGAAGAACUGUUUUUCGACACUCAAUUACUCCAUUUGCCCUGCGUCGAGGAAAUAAUCCCAGGGGAGAUGUCGGUGAUCACAGAUCUACCUUGGAAUUUAUUUAUCAAUAAGAAAAAUCGCGUUCCGGUUGUCUACGGCACCAAUUCAAGAGAGGGAAUGUUCCUGACGGCGGAGGUGGACGGCUCCGUGGAGGGAAGGAACGGCAAAUACAUAGUUGCCAGUGAUCUAAGUUUCUCUAGCGUGGAGGAGGGCAUGCGCGUCUCCCGAGCCGCGCAAGACUUUUAUUUCGGCUCCGAUCGUAUUUCUAUCCAAAGAAUAAAUAAUAUUACAGAUCUAUAUACGCAUUUAUAUUUCGAAGUUCCUUCAAUACUGGAGUCAGAGCUUCUGCUAAACUCAAGCAGUGAGCCAGUUUUCAACUAUAUAUUUGAUUACUCCGGCGGACGUAAUCUGCUAAAGUUUCGUACGUCGCGAAGCGGCGGAGGUGAGCAGGGCGCUUGUCAUGGGGACGAGCUUUUCUAUCUGUUUGAUGCUGCAGUGCUGCCCUUUCGUCUUAGCGACGCCGACCGUGAUAUGGUAGACUUCCUUACCUCCCUUUGGUCUAAUUUCGCGAAAUACGGGAAUCCGACUCCGGCAAAGCAACCCAGUUUAGUCCGUUGGGAGCCAAGCGAUACGGGCCAACUACGGUUUUUGCAUAUCGGGCAAGUGAGCCGCAUGGGUGCAAUGCCAAACCCAAGCGCGUAUCGCCUCUGGAGAGACAUUUACCUUAGAUAUCGCAAAACUCAUUACAAACAACCAUCAAUACUACAGCCAAGCUGAGUGUUAGCUUAGCCCGGCUAUACUUUUGUGCUUAUACUCGUAGUAUAUUAGAUUGGCUUCU